AAUCUCCGCCCCCCCGUAGAGAGAUGCUUGUUCGCCGAUUCUCGAUACUUUACUUUUAUCCGGUGACUGCAGCGGACCGACGGGACACCGGGACGGACGACGACCGGCGAAGUCUCCGGUGACACGCGACGUCUCGAUUGUUGGAGGAAGAUGGUUCUGCGGCGCGUGGCGGUGGUCGGUGCCGGGGCGGCGGGUCUCUGCGCCGCCAGACACAUCCUGUCCCGCCUGGACCGCUUCGCCCCCCCAGUGGUGUUCGAGCUCGGCGACAAAGUCGGCGGCACCUGGUGUUACGAGGACCGGGUCAUGGGGGACGCCGGUAGACCGGCGGUUCACAGCAGCAUGUACAGAGACCUCAGGACCAACCUUCCCAAGGAGGUGAUGAUGUUCCCAGACUUCCCCUUUGAGUCCCAGCUGAGCAGCUUCCUGCCCCAUCAGGAGAUCCAGAGGUACCUGGAGAAGUACUGCCAGAAGUACAACGUCCUGCCCCACAUCCGGUUCAACACAAUGGUGGAUAAAGUGAAGCCUGUUGUCGCGGAGAAGGAGGAGGAGAAGGAGGAGAAGGAGGAGAAGGAGGAGGAGAGAGAGACGUGGGAAGUGACAUCAUCGGAUCUUUCAGGUCGUCAAAGAACAGAAACCUUCGACUCGGUCUUCGUCUGUUCGGGGCACUACUCCGAACCUCACAUCCCUCACAUCCCAGGGAUGGACCACUUCAAAGGCACGGUGCUCCACAGUCAUUCGUACAGGUGUGCCGAGCCGUUCGCGGGUCAGUCGGUGCUGGUUCUGGGAGCCAAAGCUUCAGGACUGGACAUCUCCAUCGAACUGGCCGGAGUCGGUGCUCAGGUGACUCUGAGUCACGGCCAGCCUCUCCUCACCUGUCCUCUACCUGUUGGGGUCCAUCAGUCCAGCCCCAUGGUGUCGGUGGACGAGGACGGCAGCCUUCGCCUCCAGGACGGCUCUGCGGUCGCCGCUGAGGUGCUGAUGUUCUGCACCGGCUACAAGUAUCGGUUCCCCUUCCUGGACGGGCCUCAGCUGGGCCUGCAGCUGGAGGACCACCUGCUGGCGCCGCUGUACCGUCACCUGAUGCCGCCGGCCUUCCCCUCGCUCUUCUUCAUCGGCAUGUGCAAGCUCAUCUGCCCCUUCCCCAACUUCCACUGUCAGGUGCAGUUCUCUCUGGCCGUGCUGGACGGCUCCGUCUCGUUGCCUCCGCGGGUCCAGAGGGAGGACGAGGCCCGGCGGGUGCUGCAGGAGAAGGAGGAGCAAGGCGUCGAGCGGCGCCACCUGCUGGUGUUGCAGGCGGAGCAGUGGGAGUACUGCGGGGCGCUGGCUCGCGCCGCCGGCUUCGCGCCGCUGCCGGCCGCCGUGCGCAGCCUGUACGAGGAGGUGUGGCUGCAGCGGAGAGAAGACUCGCAGAACUACCGGAGACGCAACUACCGGCUGGUCGGGGACGAGCGGUGGGAGCAGAUCGAUUGAUCGGCCGAGGAAUCAUCAUGAAUAUCAGCUUCGUACAAGAAAAUAAACACGUUUUAAGCAGA